UGAUUUCAUCAAACAUGCAGUUUCUCCUUUGGUAUGCCGCUUUAUACCUUCUCAUGUUUUUGCUAGUUCGAUUCAUGCACUUAUACAUAUGGACUCCACUGAGAAUUCAGCACCAUUUCAAGAAACAAGGCAUAACAGGUCCUGGCUACCGUGUGCUGAUUGGUAGCACCGGUGAGAUCAAGCGUAUGUACGCAGAAGCGCAGUCAAAGCCAACUAGUUUUCAUCCCAAUGCGGUCCUUCAGAAAGCGAUUCCAUAUUACUAUCAGUGGUCACGCAUGUAUGGGAAGACGUUCCUCUACUGGUUUGGAUCGAAGCCCAGGUUGGCCGUGUCGGAUCCGUACAUAAUUAGGGAGGCACUCGUCAAGACAAAUUCGUCGUUUGAGAAGAUUGAAUUCUCUCCCAUUGCAAAGCUGCUCUUUGCUCAGGGACUUACUGGGCUUAAAGGUGUUAAAUGGGCUAUUCAUAGAAGGAUGGCAAACGAGGCCUUUUACAUGGAGAGAAUUAAGGGUGGUGUGCUGGAAGUUGCAGCUAGUACCACCAAAAUGUUGGAGAAGUGGGAGGAAAGUAGAGGAAGAAAAGAAGAAUUUGAAGUAGAAGUAAACAAAGACCUUCAUGAUCUCUUGGCUGAUGUCUUGUCCAAAACAAUUUUUGGAGGAAGUUUUGAAGAAAGGAAGCGAAUUUGGGUAUUACAAGAUCAACACCUAGAUUUAUUCACCCAGGCUGCAAGAAGUGUUUACAUUCCAGGGUUCAGGUUUUUGCCUACAAGGAACAAUAGAUUGAGGUGGAGAUUGGAGAAGGAAACUCGCGAAUUAAUACGGGCACUAGUAAAAACAAAUACUAAACUGGAAACAAGUUCAAUGAGUUUGCUAAGUUUUCUGACGUCUUCAUAUAAGAAUCACAACGGAGAAGAAGCAGCGUUGCCCGUUGAGGAAGUUGUGGAUGAAUGCAAGUCAUUCUACUUUGUAGGGAAGGAAACAACUGCUAAUCUAAUUACUUGGGCAUUGCUCCUUUUGGCAUCGAAUCAGGAUUGGCAAAACAAUGCGCGAGAAGAAAUAAUCGACGUUUGUUGUGUCAGUGGGAUUCCAAGUGCAGCAAACUUGAAAGAUCUUAAGAUUAUGAACAUGAUACUGAAUGAAACGCUUCGAUUGUACUCGCCGAUUGUGUUGCUGCAAAGGGAAACAACUCAGAAAAUGAAGAUAGGAGAUCUUGACGUCCCUGCUAACACAGAAUUGUUUUUGGCCGUGGCCGCUGCGCAUCAUGACACUGAAACAUGGGGAGAAGAUGCGGACAAGUUCAAUCCGCUAAGGUUUCAAGCGUCUCAGAAAGGCAUACCUCCGAUCUUCCCAUUUGGCUUAGGUCCCAGAAAUUGCAUAGGCCAAAAUCAAGCUAUUUAUGUUGCAAAGCAUGUUCUAGCUAUGAUCAUCAAGGACUAUUCAUUUGCAACAUCACCCACAUAUGUUCAUUCUCCACAUCUGCUUAUAAGCAUCCGCCCUCAAUUUGGAGCUCCCAUCCUCUUUACCAAGAUUCAAAAAUGAGGAUUAAUUUAUAUGUUGUUCUUCUGUUUGGUUUUCUAAUGUAAUGUUGAAUAAUAAGUUUGUUGAAUGACU